GUGCGGAAUAUUCAUCCUUGUGGAAAACGAAAGGCAAGUGCACUUUCAUUGGCAUCCAUUUUGGUUUAUUCCAGAAGCUACUGCAGUAAAAAGGAGAAAGUGUUGUGCAGUUCGUGUAGUGUUUAUGAUCCCUGGUUUCCGUUUUCAGGAUCGCCUCAAGGGUUCAUUGCCAUUACGUCAAGGAUAUUCGUUUUGAAUCCACGAGGAGUCUGAGGUGAGUGAACCUUUAUGGGCAUGGGCCUGUUGCAUUCAUUCUACUUGCAGACCGAAAUGCGGAAACUAAGUGAAAGUGAGGAAGAGCGAUUAAUCGACCAGGUGAAGCAGUAUCCCAUCUUGUACGAUGAAUCGUACAAAGUAGCUGAUCCACAGGACGAAAUUUGGAAACGAAUUGCUCUAGAUUUGAAUUUGGACGUAUUGGAUUGCAAAACAGCGUGGAAAAAUCUUCGGGACGAAUUUAUAGAAAGAAAUGCUUUACAAGAGGCGGUGAAUUUUAAAUAUUACACAAGAUUGUUGUUCCUUCGAGAUUCACUGCAGCCUAGAGAAGGAAGAGCAGGAGAUCUAGCUUCCUCUGCUUCGCCAGACGAUAUGGAUGAGGAAGGCUCACCAUCCACAUCGCGAUCCUCGCGAACGAUGUGCAAUACGAGCACACCGUCGACGUCAAGCGAAUUGAUGCCUGUAAGACGUAAACGAGCUAGGAUGUACAACAGCUACCAGAAUUUGUUGGUGAACUUGCUUUCAACAAUUCAAAAAGAGAAUAAAAUGGAUGCGGUGGAUAGCUACUUUUUUAGUUUGUCAACGACGGUUAAGGAAUUCAAGCUUUUACCACGUGACUUUUUAAAGUUGCAGUGCGAGGUGAGCCGUGUCAUCGUAGAAAAGUUAGAUGAGUUUGCAGCAACCCAACACAAUACAUAAGUGAAGA